UUAGAUUGGAUCCAAAAGAGGAGGAGUCAGGAUAAAAACAGGAGUACUGUACGACCGACACACUCUGAGCCUAAUACCAAACUACUGUUUCUGUUUACACUCGUUAUUCCCCGCUGUCGAUGUUGACAGUCGGGGCGGCGGAGGGAUUAAUUAAAUCACUAAAACCCAGAUGGGUCAGGCGUUGUGGAGGCUGCCACUGGACGCAGGACAACAGCAGCAGCUACAGGAGGAGUUAGUGGACCACCUGGCCGACAGAGAGCAGCAGAGGGCUGGGGAACAAGGCAAUGCACAUGUUUCUCACUAACACUGGUGUAAUGAAGGGGGGGACCAUUUAAAUACAUCGUUUCUCUGUGUGUACCGUGUAUAAGUGUAUUUCAAAAUGUUCCUUCUAAGCCCAAUAUGAAUAAUAGGCAUAAUCCAAUUGUGCCUCAUUUGCCAUGUGUAUCGCAGUUUUGCUUGACAUGGACGUAGUGCUCUCUGUUCAUGUAACUGUUCAUACUGUGGUCUGAAUGCUACUGUAUUGGGUCAUUAUGUCUGCUUCUCAUUAAGCAGACAUAAAUGGUUGUACAGCGACCAGAGCCUAACCCUGAUCUGGAUACAAUGCUUAAACUAACAAACAACAUAAAAUGUUGGACACAAAGAAACCGUACCAAUACAGAAACUUAUAAGCCCUCUGUUCUCUUUGCAUUAGUUAUGCCUAUUAGGGUAAUAUGAAAAGUUUAAUUUCAAUGGUUGGAAUAAUAAAAUCAUGUGACAUGAUUGUGGGGAGGGUGUAUAUUCAAUAAUGAAUCCUUUUGUAUGCUUUUUUUAUACAGCCACAAGAGAAGGAGGCACCCAAAGCAGGCCCCCCCAACACUGCCAUGGACUUGGGACUGAUAUCUAUCAGUUACUCAGGAGGGGUGGAAGGGCCCAGCACAGGUUUAUAGAUUUGGAGAUGCUCCCGCCAGAACUAAGCAUCACCAUCCUGUCUUAUCUUAAUGCUACUGACCUGUGCCUGGCAGGCUGUGUUUGGCAGGACCUGGGCCAUGAUGAAUAUCUUUGGCAGGGGCUGUGCAAGUCCACAUGGGGUCACUGUUCCAUCUAUAACAGGAGGCUACCCAGUGGCUUUUCAUACAGGAGACUCUACUUGCAGCUGGAUGAAGGCAGUCUGACAUUCAAUGGCAAUGCUCAUGAGGGGAUCAGUUAUUUCAUGUCUAAAGGAAUCCUGGUGGACCAUCCCAUGGAGCUCGCUAAGUUUAUCUUCUAUACCCGACGGCUCAACUGUAAGAUGCUGAGGAUGUACCUCGAUGAAAGACGGGACGUCCUGGACGAGCUGGUCACCCUGCACAACUUCAGCAACCAGUUCCUGCCCAACGCCCUGAGAGGUUUCUUCAGGCACAUCCAUGCCCCCGAGGAACGGGGGGAGUACCUGGAGACCCUCAUCAUUAAAUUCAGCCAGAGGUUUUGCACUUGUAACCCGGCCCUCGUUCGAGAGCUUGGCCUCAGCCCCGAUGCGGUCUACGUCCUGUGCUACAGUCUGAUCCUGCUGUCCAUCGACCUGACGAGCCCCCACGUCAAAAACAAAAUGUCCAAGAGGGAGUUCAUCAGAAACACGCGACGCGCAGCCCACAACGUUUCAGAUGACUUUGUGGGGCAUCUCUAUGACAACAUUUACUUGAUUGGCCAUGUAGCUGCCUAGUACAGCCCACUUUACUGUCAGACAUCCAAUUGCAGCCCAUGUUCUAUAAUGCACUGAAGAAUAGAGACUGGUGAUUGAGUUCCACCAUAGGUAAGAAUGUAUCAAUGCUAACAAGCACAAUUUGAACUAUUUUUUUUGUGUAUAAAAACAAAAAUCAAGAGAAAAGGUUUUGAAGACCCUAACCCUAACCCCAACCCUGAAAAUCCACCAACACACUGUGAAAACGUGCACCUGUCGUAAGGCCGCAUACGGGACAAAGUGUGAGUCACUCUCUGUGACUAUGAUGACUAUUGGAUGUCCAAAGCCCCAAGUGUCAUGAAAUAUGGCUUUUCAUAUCCAAGUACGUAAAGGAGCGCCCAGGAGAAGUCUUUGAUGUUGCACUUGAAUACGAAGGCUGCUGAUUGAUUCAUGACGACGUGUGCUCACCCUGAAAGCCGAGCCAGGGAAGCAAUAAAGAUUCAUCAAUGCACAGAAUCUGCUCACUCACAUUGGCCAGAAGAAUAACCAAAAGUAGGGGGUGGGGGGGAGAUGGUCCCGAUCAGAAAGGUCUCACUUACGAAGGAGGUUUCUGGCCGCUGUAGCAGCACUGUUGUAGCAUCUCGUCAAUCUGACGUUUUAGUGAGCAUGAAGCCCUUGCUCCAUCAUGAGGUAACCUCGAACAACACAGAAAUGAAUGAAGCAUAGCAAAUUGUUCGACUCUGUAAAAGAUUUAAAUCGGUGGGAAUAACCAGACUUUGACAUCACUGUACAAAAUGUAAUACUGCAAUUUUUUUAUGAUUAAUCAAAUUACACUAAGACCAUGGUUCUUAUGCCUAUGUUGUUAAUUUACUUCUGAACUCCCUGCUGUUAUAAUAAACGGCACAAGUUUUACAGUUA